AUGGACUCCUCCUCCUCCUCCUCUUACUCUUACUGGUGGUGGUGCUACAGCUGCGACCGCUUCGUCCACCCCCAACCACACGCGGCCCUCUGCCCCGACUGCAACGCCGCCUUCCUCCACGAGAUGGACGCGCCCCCACCCCUCAUCCUGCUCCGCCGCUCCACCUCCGCUGCCACCACCCUCCACCACCACGCCGCCGCCGACUUCCUCAUGCCCGCCGCCUUCGACCGCCUCCUCGCCCACAUCGACGCCGCCCUACUCCGCCCUUCUCCAAACCCCCCUGCCUCCAAGGCCGCCGUCGACUCCAUGCCCACCGUCGUCAUCGCCGCCUGCCACGUCGCCACCGAUUCCCACUGCGCCGUCUGCAAGGACCCCUUCGACCUCUCCACCGAGGCCAGGGAGAUGCCCUGCGGCCACAUCUACCACCACGCCUGCAUCCUCCCGUGGCUCGCGCUCCGCAGCUCAUGCCCCGUCUGCCGCCACCAGAUGCCCACGGACACCGAAAGCCAUAACGACGCCGCCACCGUGGGGCUCACCAUCUGGAGGCUUCCCGGUGGGGGCUUCGCCGUGGGGAGGUUGACUGGCGAGACAAGACCCGGUGAGAUGGAGCUCCCGGUCGUCUUCACCGAGAUGGAUGGCGGAUUCAACGGCGGCAGCGACUCGCCGAGGAGGAUCUCGUGGUCAUCAAGAGGGAGCCACUCGUCGCGUCCAGGGAGCUCCAUCACACGCUUAUUUCGCAACAUGUUUUCAUGCUUCAGGCAUGGCGAUGCAACGGACUAUUCCUCCUCCUCCUCCUCCGUGUACCGCAGCCUGAGGACGAGCUGGAGAUCGGAAGACGCACACGCCGAUGCGAUUGCAAUAUGAUGAUUUGCAUGAUCUGUGCCUCUGUGGAUGGAACACUGCUAUAAUUCAUGCAUUGGUGAUCAGCUGCACCGGUUUGAUGCUGUUGUAUCUGCAGACAACAAGAAGGAUGGGAUUGUUUGUAGAGAUAGACAAAUUUCUGCUUAUUUGUACAUAAUAGCAGAUAAUUCAUUAGGAAACGUUACCAUUGAAAUAUCAAAUAUCAUUCUUUGGUUUCCCUAUUCAAGAUGUGAGUAAGUGAUUUGGUUGUUUGAUUGAGCGCUUUGAACUCUAGUCAUUUCAAUGUCUGUGUUCUAGUAUUAACUUACAGCCAAGAAAUGAAUAGUGAACA